AUGGCACCCCCACCAAAGCAGAGAAAAGUGGCCAUUGUUGGCAGCAGAGCCGUCGGCAAGUCGAGUAUGACGGUGCAAUUUGUCGAUGGGCACUUUGUCGACAGCUACUACCCGACUAUCGAGAAUACUUUUAGCAAGAUGAUCAAGUACAAGAACCAGGACUAUGCGACUGAGAUUAUCGAUACGGCUGGCCAGGAUGAAUACAGUAUACUCAACUCGAAGCACUUUAUUGGCAUUCAUGGAUACAUGAUUGUCUACUCGGUCGCUUCCAAGCAAAGCUUCGAGAUGGCGCGCAUCAUUCGCGAUAAGAUCUUGAAUCACCUGGCUGUCGAGUGGGUUCCCCUCGUUAUUGUAGGCAACAAGUCUGAUCUGCGCCCCGAACAACGCCAAGUUACGCCCGAAGACGGUCGCGCCCUCGCCGCAGAGUUCAAAUGUGCCUGGACCGAAGCCAGCGCGCGCUACAACGAGAACGUACAAAAGGCCUUUGAGCUCAUAAUUGCCGAGGUGGAGCGGUCUCAGAAUCCUGGUGAGCCCGCUGGCGGCAGCAAGUGCGUCAGCGUGGACAAGUACCCAGCCCUCCAACAGGAGCGCGAGGACAAGGAGAAGAAGCGGUGGAACAGCACACACUUCUUGAAGCAUCCGUUUGAUCAUCUGGUCAAUAUGCUUAAGAAGACGUCCACGGGCGGAAACGACUUCAUCAAGGAGCGCGGUGGCGACCCAGAAAAAAUCCGCGAGUCCCAGAGGAAGCGAUGCGCCCCCGUAGAAAUUGUCGACGAGAUCAUCGCCGACUUUGAAGACCACCGUCGCACACAAUACGAUGCCACUCAGUUCGGCUCCAAGAUAAACGCGGUCCAGAAGAACAUUGGUGCUAAGAAGAAGGCCAAGGAAGACGCUUCAGAGUUACUCGAGGAGAAGAAGAAAUUGGAAGCUGAGAAGAAGGAGAAGGAGACCGAGGCUGCGGAGAAAUUGGCGAAGCUGCACGCAAAGGCGAAGACGGUCGGAAACUACGUGUACAAGGACGUCCCGGUUAGCGAUAACGAGGACAACAACGCGGUUCAGAAGACGUGGGCCCCCGAAGGAAGGAAGGCCGAGUUUAAGCAAGAUGGCAUCCCACACCACGGCGUACUUGCGCGGUUGAAUGGAUAUGACCCGGAGAGGGGUACCAAAAUUGUUGGUCACAGAGGAUACUGUCUGACUGGAUACGGUGUCUUCCUCAACCAAGCGCUGAUCAAUUACGGCCUGGAAUUUCUGUUCAGCAAAGGAUUCACACCCAACCAACCGCCCUUCUUCAUGCUCCGCGAUCAGAUGGCCAAGACAGCGCAACUUUCUGACUUCGACGAGGAGCUCUACAAGGUCACCGAGAGCAAAGACAAGCCUGAGACCGACAAGUACCUCAUUGCCACUUCAGAACAACCCAUCUCCGCUCUUCACUCAGAGGAGUGGCUACACGACAAAGAGCUGCCCAUCAAGUACGCCGGCUACUCAACAAACUUCCGAAAAGAAGCCGGCUCGCACGGCAAAGACGCAUGGGGAAUCUUCCGGAUACACCAGUUCGAAAAGGUUGAACAAUUCCUCCUCACAAACCCCGAGAAGUCAUGGGAAGCGUUCGACGAGAUGUUGGCCAACUCGGAAGAGUUCUACCAGAGUCUGGGUCUGCCUUACCAGGUCGUUGCUAUUGUCUCGGGUGCAUUGAACAAUGCUGCGAGCAUGAAGCGCGAUCUAGAGGCUUGGUUUCCCGUUACCGGCGGUGGAGAGUACAAGGAACUUGUCUCCAUCUCCAACUGCACUGACUACCAGACUCGCGAGCUGGAGAUUAGGCAUGGAAUUAAGAAGUUGAACGCUACCCGUAAAGAGUACGUUCACGCACUCAACGGCACUCUUUGCGCAACCGAACGAACACUCUGCUGUAUCCUCGAGAACUACCAGACACCUGAAGGCUUUGUUGUCCCCGAGGUCCUGAGGAAGUACAUUCCUGGUCAGCCUGACUUCUUGCCAUAUGUCAAGGAGUGGAAGGCACCCAAGGAGCUCCCUGACCGGACAAAGUAG